AUGAAGCUCUCUAUCGUUGCCGUCGCUGGUCUUGCUGCAGUUGCCGCUGCCGCUGACACUUCGCUCACCGUCACGAAGGUUGUUACUGCUAACGGUGCUACCUACACCAAGACAAGAACUGAGAAGUACACUGGUCAGGCCACCACCACGCCCACUUCUGGUACUUACACCACCACCAUCGUUAUUGAGGGUGAAGAUGCCACUUACACAAAGACCGCCACCGAGACCUACGGUUUGGUGUCUGUGUCCACCACACACUUGACUGUCAAGCAGGAUUCUGCCACUUAUACCAAGACUCUCUCUACCGCUGUGCCUAACAGCUCUGCCAUCUCGAGCGCUAAGUCUGUCGCCCUGACCCACACUGAGUCUUCUUCGUCUACGGGUGGCGCUGGGCAUGUGGCUGCUGUUGGUGGUGUUGCUGCUGCUGCCGCUGCCGUGAUGCUCUUGUAA